AUAAUAAUAAUAAUAAUCGAAAUGUCAAAUACGGAAUAAUCGUACCUAUGUCCUAUACUCUUGAAGGAGUCUCGACUCACGAUUCAGUAUUCACAAAUACUCAAUCAUUUUAUACUAUUUAUUUUUGUUAAACUAUUAAAGAAAUCGUUGUUGCAAUGUCUCAUGCCAACACGGUCUGCAGUUUUGGUUAGUGACAACAGACCCGCCCGAGUGGUAGAGUUGGUGUAUGACGUUAGCUGCUGUGUGUCAGUUGGAGUUUUGUGCGCUUUAAGCAAACCAUGACAACGUAAAUAUGACAGAAAUCACCAUACCUAAGUACGGGCUAGUGCAUGAUGUCAAGCCACACUAUGUGUACACAAUCAAGGUGUUGUCAGCCGGCAUCCAGGAGUGCGUGGAAAAACGGUACAGUGCUUUUCACGCGUUCCACAGAGAGCUGAGGAAAUCUAUAUCCACGCCGCCAUUUCCGUCAAAACGCAUACGAUGCUCACAGCCUAAAGUUCUUGAACAAAGAAGGGCUGGUUUGGAAAGGUAUUUACAGACAGUUUUCAAAAUCGAAGGUGGAUAUAAACAGGUCAUGGAAUUCCUCGGGCUAGAGUAUCAGCCAAGCCAUAAAAUUGAUGUCAAGUAUCAGCGACCGGUGUUUCAUAUGAUAAGUGAACAUAUCCCAUCAAAAAACCGACAUGAAAAACGUUUAUGUUUACCAGACAUAAUCACAGAUGGUGUUCUUAAAGCUCUGUAUGGUUAGUAUUUAACUCCUGAGAAAUAGUGAUUCAUUUAGGUACACUUUUUGUACCUAGAUUUUUUUAUUAUAUUAUUUAUAUAGAUAAAAAUUUAAAAUCAAAUUUAUUUUUAGUAUUUUUAUUAUAUUUUACUCAUGUAACAUUGUUUAUUUUAGAAAAAAAUGACCAUAAUUAUUAUUUUAUUAAAAUAUGUACACA